AACGGUGCGCCCUGCGAUUGGCGGAGGAUGGUGAAAGGUACCCAGCGCCGGCGCGCCGUGGGCGGGUGGAGCGCCUGUUUAUAAACCCAGAUCUCUCCCUGUGGGCGGGAACAGCAACAGUAGGGAGUGAAAGUGGGAGAACGAAGGAGGAGAGUGAGGGAGACGUGGAGGAGACAGGGCUGUGGCGGCGGCGGCUGUGGUUGACCGGGGUACGCAGAGGGGGCGAGGCGGCCGCCCCUGUAUGCGUCUUCAACCGCGCAUGGACGACCACCUCAGCCUCCUGCAAUCACCCCCGCCAAGCACAACCAAAACCCGGGGCGACAACCUGGUGAACCACGGAUACACCGAGUCUGAGGCCGACGUGAUGACGGUGGUGGCGUGUGACAACAUGCUGGAGGAGUCGGCGGCUCUGCCGGGCCACCACUCUCUGGACCGGUACGAGCCGGACCACGAGUGCUGCGAGCGGGUGGUCAUCAACAUCUCAGGGUUACGCUUUGAGACGCAGCUCAAGACUCUCUCGCAGUUCCCGGAGACGCUGCUGGGGGACCCCAAGAAGAGGAUGAGAUACUUUGAUCCUCUCAGGAACGAAUACUUUUUCGAUCGGAACCGACCCAGCUUUGAUGCCAUACUCUACUACUACCAGUCCGGCGGGCGCAUCAGGCGGCCCGUCAAUGUGCCCAUUGACAUCUUCUCUGAGGAGAUACGCUUCUACGAGCUGGGAGAGGAGGCGAUGGAGAAGUUCAGGGAGGAUGAGGGCUUCAUCAAGGAGGAGGAGCGACCGCUGCCAGAAAAUGAAUUUCAGAGACAGGUGUGGCUGCUUUUUGAAUACCCGGAGAGCUCCGGUCCCGCGCGGGGGAUAGCGAUAGUGUCCGUGCUGGUCAUCCUCAUCUCCAUUGUCAUCUUCUGCUUAGAGACACUGCCGGAGUUCAAGGACGAGAACAGGGACCUGAUCACCAUUGCGCCCGUGAUAAACGGCACACUCCCAUAUUUCAUUAGCCCCUUCUCAGACCCGUUCUUUGUGGUGGAGACGCUGUGCAUCAUCUGGUUCUCCUUCGAGCUGCUGGUGCGCUUCUUUGCAUGCCCGAGUAAAGCCACGUUCUCCAAAAACAUCAUGAACAUCAUUGACAUUGUGGCCAUCAUCCCCUAUUUCAUCACUCUCGGCACGGAGCUGGCGGAGAGGCAGGGGAACGGACAGCAGGCCAUGUCAUUAGCCAUUCUGCGCGUUAUUAGACUUGUCCGGGUGUUUCGCAUCUUCAAACUCUCGCGUCACUCCAAGGGGCUGCAAAUUUUAGGGCAGACUCUGAAAGCCAGCAUGCGCGAGCUGGGCUUGCUCAUCUUCUUCCUGUUCAUCGGCGUGAUCCUCUUCUCCAGCGCCGUUUACUUCGCCGAGGCGGACGACCCAGAUUCGGGUUUCAACAGCAUUCCGGACGCGUUCUGGUGGGCUGUUGUCACGAUGACCACCGUGGGCUACGGCGACAUGCACCCCGUGACCAUCGGGGGCAAAAUCGUGGGGUCCCUGUGCGCGAUCGCCGGGGUGCUGACAAUUGCCCUGCCUGUGCCUGUCAUCGUCUCCAAUUUCAACUACUUCUAUCACAGAGAGACGGAUGGCGAGGAGCAGGCACAGUACCUGCACGUGGGCAGCUGUCAGCCUCUGGCGGACACGGAGGAGCUGAGGAAGGCUCGCUCCUCCUCCUCGCUCAGCAAGAGCGAGUAUAUGGUCAUAGAGGAGCACGGGAUCAACAGCGCGUUCAAGCAGCAGCCCAACUUCCCCACCACCACCCCCAGCAACUCCCAGAACUGCGUGAAUAUAAACAAAAAGAUCUUCACCGACGUGUAGCCAGCUUUUAGAGUCACGAGCCCUGAGCGCAGGAAGUGGUGAUGUGUCAACACGCAGCCGGACCUGUCGUUGCGCACCAGACGCGUGGAAGCAGCGGCAGCUCACAUGAGGACAAAAACAGUAGAGGAGGAGAGAGAGAGAGAGGGAGCAGCCCUGUCUGUACAGAGACGCUACUUUGUGCUCCAUUCAAAGAAUCAGGAUUUUUCAUUUCAAUGAUAUCAGUUCAUGAAAAUCUUUAUGGUUGAGCAGAAACAGCUCCUUAAAGUAUAAGGCCUAUAUUAUUUUCCCGAGCAAAGGGAUUGACCUGUUGUGCGUCGUGCAAUAGUCAGUAUGCUUAUCACAACAGGUAGACAUAGAAGCUUUACGACUGUGACAGAUGAGUGUAUACUACUCGAAAGUCGCUCACUUUGUAUUAACAUGCGUUAUGAGUCGUGAUCCGUCAGUCAUAGCCUAUGUAUAAUAAUCAGAAUCAUUUAAAUGUGUGUGUGUUCGAACACAUGUAAUGUCUGAAAACACAUUUCAGCCUAUAUUAUCUCAAUUAGACCGUUUCGUGCUAUGCCUUUAUCGUGCGUUAAAGUCUAGUCCAAAUGCUGUUGUCUUUAUGAGAAGAAUCCCGACAGUUUCCUCGAUAUGGACUGUUCUGGUAGGCUCUUUAGUGCGUAAAAGGCGCCAUGUAAACACACACGGCAGUCCACUGCCAGCGUCUUGUCAUCGUUGCAGGACGCACGUGAGAGAGGCACAGGUUGAUCUCACGCGGGGAGACAGGUUGACCUGGACCCCCUCCGUUUUUGUUAAAAAAAAUGAAAAGAAAAAAGAUGACUGUCCCUAUGAGCAUUUUUGAGGAAACUAUAGCUAUAAUUUAAAUUACAUAUCAAUAAAGACUUAGAACAUUUGUGCCAAUAACAUGUAUUUGUAAUAAGCUGUAUGGAUCACAUGUCCGGCUGCUUUAGGACGCCUGCAAACAUCGUUUCAGAUGUUUUCUGUUCAUCGUCCUCUUAAAUAUGACCUGGGAUUUCCGUCUUUGGCGAGAGGAAACGCACAUGGAGGGCUUCGCGCAUAUAAACAGCGAUCAGAGAUGGAGCGUGCUUCUAUUUGGACGUCUCAAAUAUAGCCCCGCUGUGAUGUAGUCUCCAUGGCGACGGUCGUUUCCUCGGUAACCCCAGUCACCGUUGCCAUAGCACCCUUGUUUCCACAGUAACCCCCCCCCCCCCCCAGAUGGAUUGGAAGCAAUAUUGAAGAUUUUCAUCUCAAACAGGUUGUCUCCGGUCUCGAAUGCGACUGUCUUGUCAUUACGCGCUGCGUGCGUAAAACACGAACCCAAACACGUCCGGCGCCCCUGCAGGGAGUCAACGAGCUCACAGAGGCGGAAAUCACGGAGGAGGGGAGGGCAGGGCUGUCUGGACCUCCCCUCCUGUGAAAGAACAGCUUAUUGUCCCACACAUAUCAAUUUGAGGAAACUUUAUUGUUUCGCUGUGUAAUAAUAGAAUCUGAAUGCACUUAUGCCAAACGUGAACAAAAAUACCCUUUUGUAGGACUAUUAAACUAUACGAAAGCCUCCGGCAGUCUUCGUAGUAAACUGAAACCAAAAGAGGAAUAAUGCACAAAAUGCUGUUCAUUAUUCACCCAACCAUGAAUUGGAAUUUGCACCUUCCUGGGAGCAUCGCCCACAAAGGGAAAUUGGAAAUCGGAGGUCUGUUUAUUCUUUGUCCCAAUGAACUGCCCCACAAAUGAAAAA